GGAAGAGAAGUCGAUUCAAGAAGCCAUUACGCUGCGCAAUUGUGUCAGGACAAAAACUUACUAUUUUUACGUAUUCUACGUAAUUUUAUAUUACCCCCCCUCCCCCUUAAGUCCAAUUAAAUACGUUAUGGCAUCUCAGGCCAAAAAGAGAAAAACUAAUUUCUCUGAAAGGGAGGUGGAGAUCAUCGUGGAGGAGAUGGAGAAGCAAAAACACAUUUUGGUGAAUCAUUUUAACGCGGGCGUCACGCACAUCGCCAAGAACAGCGCGUGGGUGGAGAUCCUGAAGCGCGUGAAUGCCGUGAGCACCUGCCAGCGCGAGCUCGCGGAGGUCAAGAAGAAAUGGUCCGAUCUCAAGACGGAGGUGCGGCGCAAAGUGGCCCAGGCGCGGGCGGCCAUGGAGGGCACGGGCGACUGCAGCAGCGUGCCCGUCAUCCUGAGCUCCAUGCAGCAGCGCAUCUGCAAUCUGCUGGGAGAAGCGACCAUCAUCAGCCUCCCUGCGGCGGAGAUCACGGUGCCCAUCAGCUCCGCAACCGCCGCCGCGUUAACGCAAAGUAAGACACUGGCGUUACUGCUGCGUAACUUCACCCGAGACGACGUACCACUCGCUGGAGGAAGGCAUGGUGGAGUACUGCACCACCGAGACGCCGGUGACCGUGACCUCAGAGGCUCCGCUGGAGAUGCUGGCGGCGCAGGCCGAGUGCAAACCGCAGGAACUGAAGAGCCGCAUAACGCUCAACUCCGCCAAACUGCUGCAGGAGCACCGCGUCACCAACCUGCACGUGCGCGAGAUCGCCCAGCACCUGGAGAACCAGAACGACCUGCUGCAGAUGAUCCGCCGCUCGCAGGAGGCCCAGGCCUGCGCUCAGGAGAGACAAGCCCAGGCUCUGGAGGGAACGCAGGCCGCCCUGCUCGCCCUCAUCCAGAUGUUCAGACCCGCUCUGAAGGACUUGAGGAAGUUUCUGCAGAACGCCAACAGCCCACACACUGCGCCGCCGGCUGCCGCAGAGACUGGAGAAGGAGUGGAAAACGUGCGGCCGCAGACAGAAGACGCACAAUAGAGACCAGUGUGUGUGUGACGUCUGGUCUAGAAUAGACUGUAAAUUAUUGGUGCCUCAAAGAGUUGUGUGUGUGAAUGCUUCUGGGAUGCAGUGACUUUUAUGAGCGUUUUAAAGAAGAUUUUUUUUUUGCUUUUGACAAUUAAAGUCACUUCCAUUUGGUUGCUUAAAAGUCAAGUUGCAAACACAUUUAAUUUAAUUUUUGGUGUGCAAUUGACCCUAAAACAAACAUGCAAAACCCAAAUCUGGAUCAGAGACCUACAGAAAACACAAUUUCAUGAGGAAAUCCAGCGGACGGAAGACUUUGUGGAGGCUUUUGUUUCUUUAGCUUUUGAGAAUUUGCCAUUUUUAUUUAAGUGUGCUAAAUAAAGAAACUCUCCA